AUGGCCGAAAACCCACCGGCUGCCUACAACUGGUGCCUGAGCUCGAGAGACGUGUGCUCUUUCUACGAGAGGAAGCUCCUUCGGAGCGUGAAAGUUCCCUACCUCAUCAGAGACGUGAAACUGGGUGAGACGUGCACUUUGUCGCCGAAAGAGAAGAGAUUUCAAGGACAUUGGAUUCAUACAUUGGCUACAAGGGACCAGGGGGCGGAGGCUGGCCAGAACAAGCAAACUUUAGUUCUCCUUCAUGGCAUGGGCUGCGGGUUGAGUGUAUACCAUCAGUGCAUAGACGAGCUCUCCUCACGAUAUCAUGUCGUAGCGAUAGACAUGCCGGGGUUCGGCUUGUCCUCGCGACCCAAGUUCCCUGAGGGUGCGGAGGAAGUCGAGGAGAUGUUUGUGCAGGCGCUGGAGAUCUGGAGGAGGGAGAUGAAACUCUCUUCUUUCGUGCUCGGUGGUCACUCCUUCGGCGGCUACAUCGCAAGCUGCUUCGCGUUGAAGUACCCCAGCCUGUGCUCGAGCCUCGUCCUCAUCGACGCAUGGGGCUUCCCGGAGCUCGACCCGGAGAGGAUACGGAAAAUCUCUCCCUUCCUCAGGACCGUGAACCACAUUUUCAUGCACGUGACAGACCCGGUCUCUAUGCUCCGGAUGUUCGGCCCGCUCGGCUUCUCUGUGUUCCGGAGGUUCAGGAAGAGGAUGGUACGGCGGCUGGACCAGGAGACGGCAGACGCCCUCGUAUCCUACCUCUACCACUGCAACGUCUGCGACGUCCCCACCGGGCCCCGCGGUUUCCGCCACCUGUGCGGCCCUCUCGCUUUCGCCAAGCGGCCGCUGCUGCCGAGGGUGGAGGAGCUGAACGAGCUGCUUCCUGUCACGUUCAUAUACGGCCAGGAGAGCUGGAUCAACUCGGACAGCGGGUACGAGGUGCGGAACAGGAGGAGGAAGAUGCACACAGGAGUGCAUGUGAUAGCAGAGGCCGGGCACAACAUUCACUUCGACCAGCCCCACCUGCUGUGCCAUGCCAUUCUCAGCUGCCACCCGCCUCCUGCCCACCUGAAGCAGUUGGAGAUCCCUCGUGACUUCAAAUUUUCGGUGUGA